AGGAGAAUAAGGAGAGAGAGUAUUAUCGUUGAGACAGAUAUGAGGUCCUCUUUGAUCGUAGGAGUCGCCUUGCUCCUGACGCUAGCGACUCCGUCCAUCGUCCAGGCUCGCAAAUCAGGAGAAACAUGUGGAAAUUUAGGCCCAGGCAUCAACGCGUGCAAAUGCGGGGAGAUAGUGGUGAAAGCAGCCAAGGUUCAAAAGCCGCUGUUGUACGCGUCGCCGGAAGCGAUCAACGAAGCUGCAGUAGCACGCGAAGCGGUUGGAAGACUGUCCGUGGAGUCUUUUCCAAAUUAUAAGUCAUACGCCAGCGGAGGAACGUUCAGCGGUAGCAGCGGCAGCAGCUUUAGUUCUUCAAGCUCCUCGUCUUCCGUCGGAGUUCUUGGGGGACUGAUCGGCGGAAGCAAAGCUUAUUCACUCUUCAGCCCUGACAAAGUUACCUCUAGUUGUGGCUGCGGAAAGACUUCCGAAUCUCUGCAAAUCCGCGAUAUCCUGUCCUCGAAUGUCGAAGGAAAAGUCGUGCCCAGUUUUCCACCGAUUGGCGAUCUGUGUUACCCGGGGAGUAGUCCACGUAGCGAUAAAUUCCAGGUGACCACCAAAGUGACCCCGGCAUAUCCUGGCAAAAUCAAAUGCGUCCCCCCAAUCCCUUACGAGGUUUGCGUUCAAAUACUCAAUGGACAGAUCGACGAGGCCGGAUUGAGAAAACUCGGCUUGGCGACCGGUGGAAACUUGGGCAAAUACAUCUCUAACGACGUAAGCGGGGCGGCUACGCAGGGCGGAUUUUACGGGAGUCUCGGAGGAUACGGAGGGUACGCGGGCGUGGGUUCCAGCGCAAGCUCGACCGCAGGCUCAUCCGCGUACGGUGGAUACGGUGGCUAUGGUGGCUACGGUGGCUACGGAUCGUACACGGGUGGUGCCGGCACGAUCGGACAAUCGAACUCCAGAACGAGCGUCGUAACGUCGAGCAACGGAGGGUCGGCCGCGAGCUAUAGAUCUAGCUGCGAGUCUAACGAUUUUGGCGAUGAAUCAGAGUUCUCCGAGGACUAUUCGUACCCCCGGCUGCCAGCGGAUCCGGUCUCGGUCACCUUGGCGUACAAAAAUCUCUUUCCGCAUACCGUAUACUACAACAACAGAAGGACAUUCGUGCCGGAAGACAAGCUGGCGUUCGGCCACCGAACUGUGCCGACCGAAUCAACGCCCGGCAAGAAGGUCGCGGACGUUCCCGAGGAGAAGCUUCAGACUCUCGACAAACCCGUCGUCGAAUUGAAGCCAGUGUCCCCGGUUCCCGUCACCGUUGGCGUUUACGACGAGCACGAGGAAGCAAAGUUGGCGGAGCUCGAGGCCAUCGAGCGCGAAAGGAUAAAUCAGGAGCAGAUCGUCCAGCGGCAGCAAGAGAACUUGAUUACGUACGGAGAUCUAGGAUACGCGCCAAUCAACCGAGUGCCGACGGGGAGGUCCUUCGCGGCGGGCCCUACAAGCGUGUUCAAUGCGGAAAACGAUGUCGAAGCGGAUUGCGGUCCGGUAGGACCACCAGACCCCGAUUACGUUCCUGGCAGUAUCGUGAUCGACCGAGAACUCGUGGAGAACGAAGGUGAGGUCGAGGCUGACGUCCCGAGAAACAGCCAAGGUUCAGAGGUGUACGUUCGUCACUACGCAGGCGACGAAACUAGCGACGAGGAGGACGACAGCGACGACUCCACGUCCGGCAUAUUCGCUAGGUUGAGAAGCGUCGCCCGGAAAUACGGUCCCCGAUGUGGAGCUCCCUUGUGAUCUUUCGAGAAAUGUGAAACGCGUGGCGAAAGGACUCCCCUCAUUGACGAUUCGUGACUAUCGAGAGGAAUCUCGAUUCUUCUGAGAAACGCGAAGACCUGGACACCCUCGAAUAUUACCCUAGUCUCAGUUCUGUGUCUUUGUGAUGUUAUUAUUCUUAAGAUAAUAUAUAGCAGUUGUGCGACAGUUAAA